AUGGAGGCUUUCGUGGACUUCACCAACCGUAGCCAGGGCCGGGAACAGAUCUUCCGAGCCACUCAGUUCGCAUGCAUGUUGCUUAGCUAUCUAAUAGAGCAUAAGGCUGAUAAAGAGAAGCUGGUAAUGAAACUCAAGCAGUUGGAAUCUAGCAUGAGUUCUGGCCGGAAAAUGCUCAGGCUGGGCAACACGGUGCACGCCCUGGUGGCAGCCAGGAGGACGACACAGCUGUCAGAUGUGGUUCCUCGGUUCUGCCUCACAGCCUCCAACCUGACCCGAGCCCUCUACUUUGUCUGUGACGCCGUGCUGUGGCUGAGGAGUGUCGGGCUCCAGCCCGACGUCGACAAGGCCAAGUGGCUCAACAGGGCGACCAAGUGUUACUACGUUUCACUGCUGCUGAAUCUGGGCAGGGACUGGUAUGAGAUCUCCUGGAGGCUGGAACAAGCUCUACAGGAAGAAAAGGCAAAGGAGAAUUUCUGCUGUCAGGAGGUAAACUCUGGGAAAUCUGAGGAUUUGCAUAGGUUUCUCCUCCUGCUGUUCCAGGUGCUGAAGAGACAUCCUGCUUUGCUGCUGGACUUGCUGAAGAAUCUCUGUGACCUCUCAGGCCCUUUGGAUACACUGGGCAUCUAUAAGACCAACCCAGGAGUGGUUGGUUUCUGUGGUGUCCUCUCCUCCCUGGUGGGGAUCCUCACAUUAGCAAGGCCACACCUGAAGCUGAAACAGUGA